AUGUAUAAAAUGGAAUAUUCUUACCUCAAUUCCUCCGCCUACGAGUCGUGUAUGGCUGGCAUGGAUACGUCCAGCCUGGCUUCGGCUUACGCUGACUUCAGUUCGUGCAGCCAAGCGAGUGGCUUCCAAUAUAACCCGAUCAGGACCACUUUCGGGGCCACCUCCGGGUGCCCGUCCCUCACGCCCGGAUCCUGCAGCCUGGGCACUCUUAGGGACCACCAGAGCAGUCCCUACGCGGCAGUCCCCUACAAGCUCUUCACCGACCAUGGAGGCUUGAACGAGAAAAGGAAGCAAAGGCGUAUUCGGACCACAUUCACCAGCGCCCAGCUUAAGGAACUGGAAAGGGUAUUCGCGGAGACCCACUACCCAGACAUCUACACCAGGGAGGAGCUGGCCUUGAAAAUUGAUCUCACUGAAGCCAGAGUUCAGGUCUGGUUCCAGAACCGCCGGGCGAAAUUCCGCAAGCAGGAGCGGGCGGCGGCGGCGGCGGCGGCAGCAGCCAAGAACGGCUCGUCGGGGAAGAAAUCGGACUCGUCGCGGGACGAUGAGAGCAAAGAAGCCAAAAGCACCGACCCAGACAGUACAGGCGGGCCUGGGCCCAACCCCAACCCGGCGCCCAGCUGCGGAGGCGGCGGCCCCAGCCCCGCCGGGGGCCAAGGUGGGGCUGGCGGCGGCGGGCCCGGGCCGGAAGCUGGCAAAGGCGCGGCGCCCGGCGGCUUGGCGGCGGCGGGGCCCGGCCAAGGCUGGGCUCCGGGACCGGGGCCCAUUACCUCCAUCCCGGAUUCCUUAGGCGGGCCCUUCGCCAGCGUGCUCUCCUCGCUGCAGAGACCCAACGGCACCAAAGGCACCUUGGUCAAGAGCAGCAUGUUUUGA